AUGAGGUUCUCCAUCCUCGCUGGCUUCGCCCUCCUGGCCGCCUUGGUUCACGCUCACACCACCGUGUAUGCCGUCUGGGUCAACGAGGUGGACCAAGGUCUCGGUUGCGGCCAGCAAGCGUCAGGAAGGCAGACUGGUGAAUCCGUAUACAUCCGAUGCCCACCCAACAACAACCCGGUGAAGGAUCUGGACUCCUCGGCGAUGGCCUGCAACGUUAACAACGCCGUAGCGCCCCGAUGGGUGACCGUCAAGCCGGGCGACAAGUUCACGUUCGAGUGGCACCACGACUCGCGCGCGGCGUCGGACGAUAUCAUCGCCUCGUCCCAUAAGGGCCCCGUCCUCGUGUACAUAGCCCCCGCCGCCUACAACGGCGCUGGAAACGUCUGGGUCAAGCUGUGGCAGGACGCCGGGACCACCGCGAAUUGGGCUGUCGACAAGCUCAUCGCCGCGAAGGGAAGGCACUAUAUCUACAUCCCCGACGUGGCGCCGGGGAAGUACCUGCUGAAGCCGGAGAUGCUGACCCUCCACGAAGCCGAAGUCACGUACAAAACCAACCCGGCGCGCGGAAUGCAGUACUAUACAGAGUGCAUCCAGAUCGAAGUGGUGGGCUCAGGGAGCACUCGUCUCCCCGCCGGCGUGUCCUUCCCGGGGACCUACAAGUACACCGACCCCGCCGUGAACUACAACAUCUACGGCGGGAACCUCCCCGCGUAUCAGUUGCCUGGCCCCGCGGUGUGGAGCGGGUAUACCCGUGGAGGCGGGUAUGGCGGGUCGGGGUCCGCCACGCUCGCGCCCGGGGCGCCCGUGCAGACGCAGACGCAGGGGAGUCCGGGGGCUACGCCUGCUCCGACGGGUGCUGCGCCUGGUGCUGGGGAUCCUGUGGCGAAGUGGGGUCAGUGCGGUGGGAAUGGUUGGACUGGGUCCACGGCGUGUGUCGCCGGAAUCAGCUGCGCGAAGGUUAACGACUACUACUCGCAGUGCCAGUAA